AUGCUACCUGGAGGAAUCCCAUACCCACCACCCGUGGACAACGGCUACUGGGGCCCCACGACAUCGACCAUUGACUGGUGCGAGGAAAACUACGUGGUCAGCAAAUACGUGGCGGAAAUCAUGAACACCACCACAAACGCCGUGUUCAUGAUCAUGGCGCUGUACACCAUCAUUAACGUGUACCGGGAGAAACACCACCCCACCAUCAUUUUCGCCGCCAUUGGCUUUUUCAUUGUGGGAUUUGGUUCCUGGAUGUUCCACAUGACGCUGUGGUACGAGUUCCAGCUGCUGGAUGAGCUACCCAUGAUCUACGCCACCUGCGUGCCGUUGUACAUUGUCUUCUCCAACAAAAAGAGCAACCACUUCAAGACGCUGCUGGGCGUCGGAAUCGCCGCCGGUGCCCUGUUGCUCACAGCCAUCUACCUGCACAACAAGAACCCCACCUUCCACCAGGCCGCCUACGGUAUUCUCAACUUCAUUGUCAUUGGAAAGUCUGUGGCUCUGACUAAGGCCUACAUUUCCGACCAGAAGACCAAGAACCUCUUCUGGCGACUGCUCGCCCUUGGCCUCUUCUCCUUCCUCUUUGGCUACUUUCUGUGGAACCUGGACAUCCACCUGUGCAACCAGUGGAUCAAGAUCCGACGAGAAGUCGGCCUGCCCUACGGUCUGGUUAUCGAGGGCCAUGCCUGGUGGCACAUUUUCACCGGACUCGGAGUCUACAUCUACAUUGUCUACCUGUGCUACCUGCAGGUCUUCCUGGCCAAGCGACAGCACCUCUACCACUUUCUCUGGUGGUGCGGCUUCUUCCCCCACGUGGAUCUGCUGCCUGAAGCCAAGUCUCUGUGGAACAAGCUGGGCCGAGCUCCCACCGAAACUGAGAUGGCCGAGGUCAAUUCGCUCAGUGGAGUCAAGCGAGUCUCCUCCAUCCAUGCCAAGAGCUCUUCUGUUAACCAUCACAACUAG